UGCUGAACGCGCCCACGUAGGCUGAGUUCCAUUUGGUUCAGUGGAAACUUAACCUUAUCGAUGGAGUUUUUGAACGCUGUCAUUCCGGUUUUCUUGAAAUGUAACCUUGAACGUGCUUGAAUUUCUGACCAUUUUGACAUUCUGCAAAAAAUAACAGUAGUAGAUAUGAAAACGUGUUGCGCGUAAUAUAUGGGGCAUAAAUUUACGCAUGUGCCUAUACACAUACGUACCCUCUCCAGAUUCUAACAUUAUAAUACGUUAUAAUAGGUUAUGUAUGUGUACAUACAUACAUACAUAACCUCAUAAGAGGUUUCUGACGGACCGAGCUUGAUGACAUAAAUAUUCGAAAUAUUUAACAAAAAGAAAAAGAAAAGAAACAGAUAAAUAUUCAGCAUGGAUCUCCGGGCAAUAGUGACCAACGAAAAUUUAUUUAAGCUGCAAUGUUUAAUUAAAACCACUGAGAUACAGCAUAGUGUGCAGUGCAAACUUGAAGGAACAUUAUUUCUCGCACUGGCAACCACGAACGCCGAAAUUAUUCUUUAUUUCAAAAGAGCGUCCUCUUGCCUACCCGUCGUUAAAAAAAUACCUUGGUUUCAAGGACCACAUAAACAAAUAGCUGCUUUUUGCUUUGAUUCAAGCGGUCGUUGGUUGUUAUGUGUAACUUUAGACGGUUCGUUGUACAUCGUACCUGCUUUAACUUUAGUCGAUGAAACGUGCAUCGUUGACGAGAGAUGGAAGACUGACGAUGCGACAUAUAUUCCUUUUGUGACUUCUCAGCUUUCUCAUUUCAGACCACGAGCUGUUACAUGGUGGAAGGAUAUGAAAAUGUCUAUGGAUAUAGGCAUUGUAGGAACGGAAUGUGGAGCAACUAUAUUUAUAAAUCUUCUAAAUGGACAACAGCUAGGCAUAACAUAUAUUAAUGAAAGUAUAAGUGGACUAUAUAUUUGUCGAAAUGAAUACAACGACGUUGCGUCUCUUUUGAUAACCAGUAAAUUUCAGCAGCAAUGGCGUUUGCCUUUGGAACACAUGUCUUUCAAUCUUUUGCCCACGUUUGAAAACAAAGAACCUAAUACGAACCAACUAAAUUCAAAUGGCACUAUUCAUGUUCAUGAUACGAACGUGGGAGAUUCUGUUCCUACGAAGUCUAAAUUACAAGAACUUAAACAACUCUCUGUUGAAAAACUGGCUAUUCUUAAGCAAAAGAUACGCGAUACCAAAAAUCAACCAUUGGGGGAGAGUUUGCAGUGCCAUGAUGCUGCUGCAAGUAUUGGAGAAAGCGGUACGGGACGUCCCGUAAACCUGGAAAUAUCGGAAUCUAACGUAGGUUUUAUCAGUCCAGAACCAAUAUCGAGAGAUACCUUCCUAUCUUUGCAAUAUGACAGGGAAGAUCGACAAUUAUAUACAUGCUAUCAUCCUGUCACUAAUUACAUCACGAUACACGGUCCAGAUCUAACUGUGGUACCCUUGUCAAUGCACAAAAUAUUCGAGUGCGAAACUGUUCUCGUAGCGCACAGAUUAUUUUUUAUUACCGACGUUAAUCAACGUGCGAUAUAUAUAAUAUCCGAUCAAUUGUCUGAGACUCGUAUAAACAGAGACUAUCAAUUUAAUCCCGAGUCUGUUAUCGGGACAUUUUCUUUUAAAAACAAUAAGGAACUGAUACACGCGGUAUACAAAGUAACAAAAUUCGAUAAUAUAGUACCGAGAAAAGUCUCUGAGGAGAUCGAGAGUAAAUGUACCUUACCUAAGAAUGUAAGAGAUAUUAAAAUCGAACCGCUUAGUUUGGAUACAUGUAUAAUUGUUACAAAUCGCUGUGUAUACCAAGUUGUUUUAAGAAAAUCUCUUCUAUCAGUUUUCAUGGAAUUGGUACUGAAGAAAAACGAGCUGCAAAAAGCGGGAAAAUUAGCAAUGGUUUUUGGACUAAAUGGACAACACUUGUUGGAAUAUGUAGGCGAUAUAUUUCUAUCGAAUAAAGAAUUUUCACGUGCAGUAGCUUCAUAUAAGAUAUCUAAGUGUAAAUUAUUGAAGAGCGUGUUAAAGUUUGCAUCGAUCGGCCAUACUUCAGAAUUAUUAAGUUGUCUAACUCAUUGUUUACUGACACCUGUCAUUACUGAGAUGCCUAUUGCAACAAGGAUACAUUUGUCUAAUUUAUGUGUACUUUCCUUUAUUGAAAUGACACUGAGGGUUCGGUCGGAACAAUCUAAAGCGAUCUAUAAGGAGUUCUUAUACUUUUUGUCCACAAAUACAUUCUACGACGACGUAUUAGCUAUUAAUAUAGCUGGUCAAACUUACCUCUGGGAGGUCGUGCAUCACUUGGCUACACAAAGAAGUCUGUACAGUCAAAUGUUGGAUAUUCUUGUAAAGGCAAUACAAAUAUUUGGCACAAACGACCGUUAUCCGAAAUCAUAUGGUUUACUCAUAUGUUUAAGUGAAUCUGAUUUAAUGCAAUCGAUGUUAUUGAAUUACGAUUUAGCUAGAUCUCACGUGUCAUUUGUACGCAGUAAUCUGCGAGAUUCUCAGAUCUUUGUGCUUCAGAGACUAGUAACAUUGUAUGAUCCAACAAAUCCAGUAUUACGACCUAAAUUAGUACAAUGUAAAGCACGUCAUAAAGUGAUAGCGUGCAAUCUACGAUCUAAUCAGUGUCAUUCUAUAGAUUCUAUGGAUAAUAUGGAUCAGCCUGAUACCCUCGUGGAAGAGAUAAUAGAAACGUUUAUUCUAGUUUUGUUGACUCUUAUUCAUAAAAAACGAUUGUUAAACCCAAAUGGCAAAUAUGCUUUUUUGUACGACGUGCACGUGCCGAAGGAUUAUUCGGAAGUGACUCCGCACGUUGAUUUUAAGAGGAGAUCGUUAAGUACUGGAUUUUCUCACGUUGCGCUUGUUAGAAAUGGUAAUAUCUACACUUGGGGAAGUUCGGUGCAAGGUUGUCUAGGUACGGGCUCCAGUGUUUUGCGAUAUGGGGCACCGCAUGCCAUAUGCUUCUUCAAAAGUAUGAAGAUUGAAGUUUUCAGUGUAUCGUGUGGACAUUGCCACACCCUGGCAGUUACUAACAAUGGAAUAUACGCUUGGGGAGCUAGUCAAUUUGGCCAGUUAGGACUCGGCAAGGUGCUACAAUGUUCGAGUCCGGAAUUAAUUACUUCGUUAGCGCAAGAGAUUAUUAUCGACGCAGUAGCUGGACAAUAUCAUUCUGUAGCACUAACCGCGGAUGGCAGAAUAUUUACGUGGGGUUGGGGUGUUCACGGACAACUGGGCCACGGUAACACCGACGAAAAAGCUACACCAUCUAUGGUGAAAACUCUGCUUGGCGUAGUCGUGUGUUAUAUUAGCGCUGGAUACGCGCACACUUUGGCACUAUCGGUAGACGGUGUUGUGUACGCCUUCGGAUGUAAUGUUCUCGGUCAAUUGGGAACAGGUGACACGGCCAAAAGUUCUAUCCCGACAAAAGUCGCGUUACCCGACGGGAUAACGCUUAUAAGUACCGGAUACUUUCAUAAUCUAGCUGUCACUAAUGCGAACAACGUAUACAUAUGGGGCGCGAGUCCUCAGGUUCUCAGAUUGCAAGCACAAGCGCAAAAAAAAACGCGUAUACUAGAGCAACGAGAUGCUACGGAGAAAAAGAGUAAAACUUUGGAGGAGUCGGAGAAACGUACAAAUCUAAACGAAGAAAUAAAGGAAGACGUUUUGGUGGAUGGUGUACAAACCGAGUCUGCUCAAACAAAAGCGCGUACUUCCGAUAUAGAAACACAAAAGAGACCCGAGACUGAAAACGCAGAUUUGAAAGGCUUCAACUUCGGUUUGACCGAAGAGAGUCAAGCACAUUUGAAGCCAUGUGUUGUCGAUACAAGUUUGGUAAAAGGACAAAUUACGCAGAUAUCAGCUGGGUGUCAUCAUAAUGCAUUGAUAACAAAGGAUGGCUCUUUAUAUACAUGGGGCCGUAAUCUAGAUGGUCAGAUAGGUAACGGCACGCGGCGAGAAGUGUCACGUCCAACGCCUUUAUAUUACAAUUCCGCCUGUAUUUUUGCACAAAUACCCCCUAGACACAAUGAUUUUAAAAGAAUGCAAAAUCAAUGGGACUUGGACACUGGCGCCAAGUCGACGAACUCACUGAUAAAUAAUGGAACGGCGUCUGAAAACAAUGGGAAUAUCAGUGACUCUACUGUGCGUACAGGAAAUGCUGACCUGAAUAAAGAGAGAAUCAAUCCUAUAAUUAAUGCUGUUGGUAUUGCUUGUGGAUAUGAUUAUACGGUGGCGAUACAACCAGGGGGUACGGUGUUAGCUUGGGGUAAUAACAGCAGAGCGCAAUUGGGUCGCAUUCCUGCGAAAGAGGCACGUGAUGCCGACGAUAAACUUGUAUUGCUGAAAUCAUCGAAGCGAAUAGUACGGCUCCCUAAUGCGCUGCACAUAGCUCUGGACAUCCCUAGUCAAGUACCUGGCAUUUCUACCCCAGUGAUAUCUUAUCGUGCCAACGACGCAUUUUCUCUCGCCGGAUCCGUCCGUCCUUUGAGCGUUAUCGAAAGAUCACCUGGGGACGUGACACUUCAUUAUAUUCUGGAACAUUUCCACGGUUUAUACAAUUCUGCCAAUAUUAUAGAAAAGUGUAUCGAAUUGGAGAAUUAUCAAGCUUGUUCUAAAAUAGCAGCAUUAGAAAAUAACGUUCCAGCUGCUUUCACUUAUCAAUUGAAAAUGUUGCAUAAAUUGAGCCUUCAGUCAUCCAGAAAUUAUCAAAUAUCAGAGAGACAAGUUCCACAUGAGAAAAUAAACUCAACCCUCGAGACUAGCUCACCAAACGUUGAUAUGACGAGGGAUUCCAUGCUGUCCCGAGAUAUCAAGAGGAACACUGAAUUAUUUAAUAGACAAGCGGAGAAGAAUCUCAUGGAAUCCUUGGAAAACAGCGUUGCUCGAAGCUGGACGAAAAUUUCGACGAGUAGAUCGUUGAAUAAUUUGCAAACACUCGCGCAAGAAUUAUACUCUUUCGAUUGUCAAGGUGGUUUGGAAGAAUUAUGCGGAACUCGAAAAGACGACGACGGUCUCUCGCUGAACGUUAACAUUAACACUGACCACUCCGACACCGAACAUUACGCUACGAACGAAGACAAACAACAUCCACACGAAUGGAUCGAAGAUCUUAUUUUUAAUGAAAACGCAAAUUCGCUGUUGCAGCAUAAAGACGUCACUCUACGUAACUCUGCGCAAACGUCAUCUCGAUCGGUCUGCACGAAAGCAAAUCUGUCGAUUGUGAAUGACGAUCGUUGCGACGUGAAUGAAGAGAAGACUGUGUUCUUGGACAAGGUGUCCUCGCGUUCUCAGAGGAAUUACGUAAUCAAUGAAACCAUAAGAGCAUUAAAGUUCUAUUUAAAAAGUAUUAAUAACGAAGCAAAUACCGUAAAAUGUGAAAUGUUGCAAAGUGCAAUUGGUUUUUGGAUCGUGCACAAUUUACCGAUGCAAAGCUUGGAGAACGUUUUUCUCGAACAUAUACAUAUCGUUUAUUACCCUCUUGGAUUAUUACUUUUUUGUCAGACGGCGACAGGAAGAUACUUGAAUGUAAGCAAAACGUACGACGAAGAAGGAAAGGCGUGCUGCGCGAACAGCUUAUUCUCAAUCAAAUUUUGUCUUCGAGUGCUCGCGAUGUUGAUGCAGCGUAUAGAUGAAGAUGAUAUUAUGCCGGAAUACAUUAAAAUUUUCUCCUCUUUAAUGGCGGACACGUACGGAGCACCUUUAAACGGAUAUCCAGGCACAAGUAGAAAUAAUAAUCCAGAACAAAUGAUGCAAGGUAUCGUCAGCACGGUAUUUUCCGAAAUGGAAGAUUCCAGAUUAUUUACACACAUUAAGGACUCGGAUACUAUAAAUCACUUGCUCACAACGGAAGAAGACAAUAUGAUAUUUACUUGCGGACACCGCUUUCCAAUCUCUCUAUACGAAGCAGAUGUUAUCCCGACGAUGGAAACUGAAUUAUUAACAUCUCCGUCGUUAACUCUUCCAUGUACAUCGCAGUAUUUAGGAAACAUGUUACCCCACACUUCUAAACCAGAGAUUCUGUGUCCUUUAUGUAUAAUCGGAGCAUUGAGAGUAACGACGGUAAAGGAUUAAAGGUAUCCUUUAACCCUUUUGGUAUAUCACACUCGCAUAUAUCCCACGUGGACUGAAUUAGAUUGGGAAAUAGUGGUUACGUUCAACCAUGUAUUUGAAAAUACGUACGUAAUAAUAAUAAUAAUAAUAAUCGAUACGUC